UGCGGAGCCACGCAGUGACUUGUGUAUUUACAGAACUGAGUCGUAUUGGACCCAGUCUGUCCUUUUCCCCCGACUCCUAAUCCCACGCGCUCUUUCAGAGCGGCCCGUGAGCGCUCUCUCCCUCGUUAUUCUCGCUGCUGCUGCGGCUACUCACCGCACUCCCUCCGAGCCCCCUGCGGCGUUAUCCUUGAACUUCCUUUUAAGUCUUCUGAAUUGAGUUCUCCUUUCUCCGCGUCUGCUUCUCCCGUGCCCUUAGGGUUCAGAUUCAACUAGGCGAUUGGAGUAGUUACCUUUUUUUUUUUUUUAACCUCGUGUCAUAAUUGGUACUUUUAGUUAGCGAGCAUUUAGUGAGAUUUUAACUAUAGCCUCGUGGUUAAGAAUGUAGGUUCUGGAAUCACAUUACCGAGUUCGAAUUCUGCCAGCUGUUUGACAUCUUCCUUGGAAAAUUACGUGAGAUAAUAAUGUGUGUUCUGGAACUCUGAGCCAUGAGUCUAGCACUUAAUGAUCUGCUUAUUUGCUGCCGUCAUCUUGAACAUGAUAGAGCUACAGAACGAAGGAAAGAAGUUGAGAAAUUUAAACGCUUGAUUCGGGAUCCAGAAACAGUUCAACAGUUAGAUCGGCAUUCAGAUUCGAAACAAGGAAAAUAUUUAAAUUGGGAUGCUGUUUUUAGAUUUUUACAGAAAUAUAUUCAGAAAGAAACAGAAUGUCUGAGAACAGCAAAACCAAAUGUAUCGGCCUCAACACAAGCAUCCAGGCAAAAAAAGAUGCAAGAAAUCAGUAGUUUGGUCAAGUACUUCAUCAAGUGUGCAAAUAAAAGAGCACCCAGGUUAAAAUGUCAAGAACUUUUGAAUUAUAUCAUGGAAACAGUGAAAGAUUCAUCUAAUGGUGGCGUUUAUGCAGCUGAUUGUAGCAAUAUACUACUGAAAGACAUUCUUUCAGUGAGAAAAUACUGGUGUGAAAUACCACAGCAACAGUGGCUAGACUUAUUCUCUGUGUACCUCAGGCUGUAUCUGAAACCUUCACAGGACAUUAAUAGAGUUUUGGUGGCAAGAAUAAUUCAUGCUGUGACCAAAGGAUGCUGUUUGCAAACUGAUGGAUUAAAUUCCAAAUUUUUGGAUUUUUUUUCCAAGGCUAUUCAAUAUGCAAGACAAGAGAAGAGUUCUGCAGGUUUAAAUCAUAUCUUAGCAGCCCUUAUAAUCUUUCUGAAGACUUUAGCCAUCAAUUGUCGAAUUCGAGCUUGUGAAUUAGGAGAUGAAAUUCUUCCUACUUUGCUUUAUAUUUGGGCUCAACAUAGACUUAAUGAUUCUUUAAAAGAAGUAAUUAUUGAAUUGUUUCAACUGCAAGUUUCUAUCCAUCACCCGAAAGGAGCCAAAACCGAAGACAGAGGUGCUUUCAAAUCAGCAAAAUGGCAAAGUAUCCUAUAUAACUUAUAUGAUUUGAUAGUGAAUGAAAUAAGUUAUAUAGGGAGUAGAGGAAAAUAUAGUUCAGGAUCUCGAAACAUUGCUGUCAAGGAAAAUUUGAUUGAAUUGAUGGCUGAUAUUUGUCACCAGGUGUUUAAUGAAGAUACCAGAUCUUUGGAAAUUUCUCAGUCUUACACUACUACACAAAGAGAAUCUAGUGAAUACAGUACACCUUGCAAAAGGAAGAAAAUAGAACUAGGCUGGGAAGUAAUAAAGGAUCAUCUUCAGAAGUCACAGAAUGAUUUUGAUCUUGUGCCUUGGCUACAAAUUACAACCCAGUUAAUAUCAAAAUACCCUGCAAGUUUACCUAAUCAUGAUCUGUCUUCAUUACUGAUGAUACUCUACCAGCUUCUUCCUCAACAGCGACGUGGGGAACGCACACCAUAUGUUUUACGAUGUCUUACAGAAGUUGCAUUGUGUCAAGGCAAGAAAUCAGACUUAGAAAGCUCACAGAAGUCAGAUUUAUUGAAACUCUGGAUUAAAAUUUGGACCAUGGCCUUCCGUGGUAUAAGUUCUGAACAAGUCCAAGCCGAAAAUUUUGGCCUGUUGGGAGCCAUAAUUCAAGGUAGUUUAGUUGAGGUCGACAGAGAAUUCUGGAAGUUAUUUACUGGGUCAGCCUGUAGACCUUCAUGUUCUACUGUAUACUGUUUGGCUUUGGCAAUGUCUAGCUGCAUUGUUCCAGAAACAGUAAAAACAGGAAUAGAGUUAAAUAUAUGUGAAGUAAACAGAAGUUUUUCUUUAAAGGAAUUGAUAAUGAAAUGGCUCUUAUUUUAUCAAUUAGAAGAUGACUUAGAAGACAGUAUAGAAUUGCCCCCUAUUCUUCACAGUAAUUUUCCUCAUUGCAUACUGGAGAAAAUUCUGGUGAGUCUCACUAUGAAAAACUCUAAAGCUGCAAUGAAGUUUUUCCAAAGUGGGCAAGAAUGUGAACACCAAAAAGUUAAAGAAGAGCCUUCAUUCUCUGAAAUAGAAGAACUAUUUCUUCAGACAACUUUUGACAAGAUGGAUUUUUUAACUGUUGUAAAAGAAUGUGCAACAGAAAAGCUUCAAUCCAGUAUUGGAUUUUCUGUUCACCAGAAUCUCAAGGAAUCACUGAACCGCUAUCUUCUGGGAUUAUCAGAACAACUUCUAAAUAAUUAUUCAUCUGAGAUUACAAAUUUAGAAACACUCGUCCGGUGUUCAAGUCUUUUGGUGGGUGUUCUCGGCUGCUAUUCUUCUAUGGGUAUAAUAGCUGAAGAGGAAGCAUGUAAAUCAGAAUUGUUCCAGAAAGCCAAGUCUUUAAUGCAGUGUGCAGGAGAAAGCAUAACUCUGUUCAAAAAUAAGACAUAUGAGGAAUCUAGAAUUGGUUCCCUGAGAAAUAUGAUGCAUAUAUGUACAAGUUGCUUAUGUAACUGUACCAAGCAGAAUCCAAAUAAGAUUACAUCUGGCUUUUUCCUACGAUUGUUAACAUCAAAGCUAAUGAAUGACAUUGCAGAUAUUUGUAAAAGUCUAGCAACCUUAAUAAAAAAGCCAUUUGACUGUGGAGAAAUAGAAUCAAUGGAAGAUGAUACUACUGAAAAUCUAAUGGAGGUAGAAGAUCAGUCAUCCAUGAAUCUCUUUAAUGAUCACUCUGCUAGUAGUGAGAGUGAUGCAAAUGAAUUUGGAGAGAACCAAAAUACUAUUGGUGCCAUGAAUCCAUUAGCUGAAGAAUAUCUGUCAAAGCACGAUCUCCUUCUUUUAGACAUGGUCAAGUUCUUGUGUAUGUGUGUAACUACUUCUCAAACCAGUACUGUGUCAUUUAGAGCGGCUGAUAUUCGGAGAAAAUUGUUGAUGCUAGUUGAUUCUAGCAUAUUAGACCCUACUAAAUCUGUCCACCUACACAUGUAUUUAGUGCUUUUAAAGGAGCUUCCCAGAGGAGAGUAUCCCUUGCCAAUGGAAGAUAUUGUUGAACUUCUGAAACCACUAUCCAAUGUGUGUUCUCUGUAUCGUCGUGACCAAGAUGUUUGUAAAACAGUUUUAAACCAUGUCCUUCCUGUAGUGACAAACCUAGGUCAAGGCAAUUUGGAUGCUGAGAACACAAGAGAUGCUCAAGGACAAUUCCUUACAGUGAUUGGAGCAUUUUGGCAUCUAACAAGGGAGAGGAAAUGCACAUUCUCUGUAAGAGUGGCACUAGUACAGUGCCUGAAAACUUUGCUUGAGGCUGAUCCUUAUUCAAAAUGGGCUAUUCUUAAUGUAAUGGGUAAAGAUUUUCCUGUAAAUGAAGUGUUUCCACAGUUCCUUGCUGAUGAUCAUCACCAAGUUCGCAUGUUGGCUGCAGAGUCAAUCAAUAGAUUAUUCCAAGAUAUGAAACAAGGAGAUUGUCCCAGACUGUGGAAAGCACUUCCUUUGAAGCUUCAGCAGACUGCUUUUGACAAUGCAUGCUUGAAAACUCAGGAAGGAAUGAGAGAAGUGUCCCACAGUGCUGAGAACCCUGAAAUUUUGGAUGAGACUUAUAAUAGAAAAUCUGUUUUAUUGAUGAUGAUAGCUGUGGUUUUAUACUGUAGCCCUGUCUGUGAAAAACAGGCUUUGUUUGCACUUUGCAAAUCUGUAAAAGAGAAUGGAUUAGAACCUCACCUUGUGAAAAAGGUUUUGGAGAAAGUUUCUGAAGCUUUUGGAUAUAGAAAUUUAGAAGACUUUAUGGCUUCUCAUUUAGAUUAUUUGGUUUUAGAAUGGCUUAAUUGUCAAAAUACUGAAUACAGAUUAUCUUCCUUUCCUUAUAUUUUAUUAAACUACAAAAAUGUUGAGGAUUUUUAUAGAUCUUGUUAUAAAAUAUUGAUUCCACAUCUGGUGAUUAGAAGUCAUUUCGAUGAGGUGAAAGCCAUUGCUAAUCAGAUUCAAGAAGAUUGGAAAAGUCUUCUAGUAGACUGCUUUCCAAAGAUUCUUGUAAAUAUUCUUCCUUAUUUUGCCUACGAGGAUGCAAAAGACAGUGGGAUGGCACAGCAAAGAGAGAUUGCUUCCACAGUUUAUGAUAUGCUUAAAAGUGAGAACUUAUUAGGAAAACAGAUUGAUCAUCUGUUUAUUAGCAAUUUACCAGAGAUUGUGGUAGAGUUAUUAAUGACAUUACAUGAACCAGCAAAUUCUGAUGCCAGCCAAAGCACUGACCUCUCUGAGUUUUCAGGGGAUUUGGAUCCUGCUCCGAAUCCACCUCAUUUUCCAUCACAUGUGAUUAAAGCAACAUUUGCCUAUAUCAGCAACUGUCAUAAAACAAAACUUAAGAGCAUUUUAGAAAUUCUCUCUAAAAGCCCUGAUUCCUAUCAGAAAAUUCUUCUGGCUAUAUGUGAGCAAGCAGCAGAGACAAAUAAUGUUUAUAGAAGGCACAGAAUUCUUAAAAUAUAUCAUCUCUUUGUUAGUUUAUUACUGAAAGAUAUAAAAAGUGGCUUGGGAGGAGCAUGGGCCUUUGUUCUUCGAGAUGUUAUUUAUACUUUGAUUCACUAUAUUAACAAACGGCCUUCUCGUUUCAUGGAUGUGUCAUUACGUAGCUUCUCCCUUUGUUGUGACCUAUUAAGUCGGGUUUGCCAGACAGCAGUGACUCACUGUAAGGAUGCUUUAGAAAACCAUCUUCAUGUUAUUGUUGGUACACUGAUACCCCUUGUGCAUGAUCAAGUGGAGGUUCAGGAACAGGUAUUGGACUUGUUGAAAUACCUAGUAAUAGAUAACAAGGAUAAUGAAAACCUUUAUAUCACGAUUAAACUUCUAGACCCUUUUCCUGACCAUGUUGUUUUUAAGGAUCUACGUAUCACUCAGCAAAAAAUCAAGUACUGUAGAGGAUCUUUUUCACUCUUGGAGGAGAUUAAUCAUUUUCUGUCAGUAAGUAUUUAUGAUGCACUUCCAUUGACAAGGCUUGAAGGACUGAAGGAUCUUCAGAGACAGCUGGCAAAGCAUAAAGAUCAGAUGAUGGAUCUUAUGAGAGCCUCUCAGGAUAACCCAAAAGAUGGUAUUAUGGUGAAGCUGGUUAUCACCUUGUUGCAUUUGUCCAAGACGGCAGUAAACCACACUGGUGAAAGAGAAGUUUUAGAAGCUGUUGGAAGCUGCUUAGGAGAACUGGGUCCUAUAGAUUUCUCCACCAUUGCUAUACAGCAUAAUAAAGAUACAUCUUAUACUAAGGCCUUUAAAUUAUUUGAAGAUAAAGAACUUUGUUGGACCUUAAUAAUACUGACCUACCUGAAUAAUACACUGGUAGAAGACUGUGUCAGAGUUCGAUCAGCUGCUGCUACCUGUUUGAAAAAUAUUUUAGCCACAAAAACUGGACACAGUUUCUGGGAGGUUUAUAAGAUGUCGACUGACCCCAUGCUGAUCUAUUUACAACCUUUCAGGACAUCGAGAAAAAAGUUUUUAGAAGUUCCCAGACCUGACAAAGAAAGCCCUUUAGAAAGCUUGGAUGAUACAAGUCUAUGGAUUCCUCAAAGUGAAAAUCAUGACAUUUGGAUAAAGACACUAACGUGUGCUCUUUUGGACAGUGGGGGCAUAAAAAGUGAAAUUCUUCAAUUAUUAAAGCCAAUGUGUGAAGUAAAAACUGACUUUUGUCAGACUGUGCUUCCUUACUUGAUUCAUGAUAUUUUACUCCAAGAUACAAAUGAGUCAUGGAGAAAUCUGCUUUCUGCACAUAUUCAGGGAUUUUUCACCAGCUGUUUUAGACACAACUCACAAACCAGCCGAUCCACAACACCUGCAAAUUUGGAUUCAGAUUCAGAGCAUUUUUUCCGAUGUUGUGUGGAUAAAAAAUCCCAAAGAACAAUGCUUGCUGUUGUAGACUAUAUGAGAAGACAAAAGAGACCCUCUAUAGGAACAGUUUUUGAUGAUGCUUUCUGGCUGGAUUUUAAUUAUCUAGAGGUUGCCAAGGUAGCUCAGUCUUGUGCUGCUCACUUUACAGCACUACUGUAUGCGGAAAUCUAUGCAGAUAAGAAAAGCCUGGAUGAUCAAGAGAAAAGAAGUCUUACAUUUGAAGAAGGAAGCCAAAAUACAACUAUUUCUAGUUUGAGUGAAAAAAGUAGAGAAGAAACUGGAAUCAGUUUACAGGACCUUCUCUUAGAAAUCUACAGAAGUAUAGGGGAGCCAGAUAGUCUUUAUGGCUGUGGUGGAGGGAAAAUGUUACAACCACUCACCAGACUGAGAACAUAUGAACAUGAAGCAGUGUGGGAUAAAGCCCUGGUAACGUAUGAUCUUGAGACAGCAAUAUGCCCAUCAACCCGCCAGGCAGGAAUAAUUCAGGCCUUGCAGAACUUGGGACUGUGCCAUAUUCUUUCGGUGUAUUUAAAAGGUUUAGAUCAUGAAAAUGUGGAGUGUUGUGCUGAACUACAGGAACUUCAUUACCAAGCAGCAUGGAGGAAUAUGCAGUGGGACCAUUGUACUUCUGUCAAUAAAGGAAUAGAAGGAACCAGUUACCAUGAAUCAUUGUACAAUGCUCUGCAAUCCCUGAGAGACAGAGAAUUCUCCACAUUUUUUGAAAGUCUAAAAUAUGCCAGAGUAAAAGAAGUGGAAGAAUUGUGUAAAGGCAGCCUUGAGUCUGUGUAUUCACUCUACCCCAGACUUAGCAGAUUGCAGGCCAUUGGAGAACUAGAAAACAUUGGGGAGCUUGUCUCAAGAUCAGUCAUGGAUAAACAGUUCUCUGAAGUGUACGUUAAAUGGCAGAAACACUCCCAGCUUCUCAAGGAUAGUGACUUUAAUUUUCAGGAGCCUAUCAUGGCUCUACGCACAGUCAUUCUUGAGAUCCUGAUGGAAAAAGAAGUGAAUAACUCCCAGCGAGAAUGUUUUAAGGACAUUCUCACCAAGCACCUUACAGAAUUCUCUAUACUGGCCCGGACUUUCAAGAACACUCAGCUCCCUGAAAGGGCAGUAUUUCAAAUUAAACAGUAUAAUUCAGUGAGUCAUGAAGUCUCUGAGUGGCAGCUGGAGGAAGCACAAGUGUUCUGGGCAAAAAAAGAACAAAGUCUUGCCCUGAGUAUUCUCAAGCAAAUGAUCAAGAAGUUGGACACCAGCUGUAGAGAGAAUGAUUCCAGGCUAAAACUUAUACACACAGAAUGUCUGAGAGUUUGUGGUAACUGGUUAGCAGAAACUUGCUUAGAAAAUCCUACAGUCAUCAUGCAGACCUAUCUAGAAAAGGCCGUAGAAGUUGCUGAAAGUUGUGAUGGAGAAAAUAAUGAUGAGCUCAGAAAUGGGAAAAUGAAGGCAUUUCUCUCAUUAGCACGGUUCUCAGAUACUCAGUACCAGAGAAUUGAAAACUACAUGAAAUCAUCAGAAUUUGAAAACAAGCAAGCCCUCCUAAAAAGGGCCAAAGAGGAAGUGGGCCUCCUGAGGGAACAUAAGAUUCAGACUAACAGAUACACAGUAAAGGUUCAGCGAGAGCUGGAGCUGGAUGAAUGUGCACUUCGUGCACUGAAAGAGGAUCGCAAACGCUUCUUAUGUAAAGCAGUUGAAAAUUACAUCAACUGCUUAUUAAGUGGAGAAGAACAUGAUAUGUGGGUAUUUCGACUUUGUUCUCUCUGGCUUGAAAACUCUGGAGUUCCUGAAGUCAAUGGCAUGAUGAAGGGACCUGGAAUGGAGAUUCCAUCAUACAAAUUUUUGCCUCUAAUGUACCAACUGGCUGCUAGAAUGGGAACCAAAAUGAUGGGAGGAGUGGGAUUUCAUGAAGUCCUCAAUAAUCUCAUCUCUAGAGUUUCGAUGGAUCACCCCCAUCAUACUUUAUUUAUUAUAUUGGCUUUAGCAAAUGCAAACAAAGAUGAAUUUUUGACCAAACCAGAAGCAGCAAGGAGGAGUAGAAUAACUAAAAAUGCACCUAAACAAAGCUCUCAGCUUGAUGAGGAUAGGAUGGAGGCUGCAAACAAUAUAAUAAGUACCAUCAGAAGCAAGAGGCCUCAGAUGGUCAGGAGUGUUGAAGCACUUUGUGAUGCUUAUAUUUUGUUAGCAAACUUGGAUGCCACUCAGUGGAAGACCCAGAGAAAAGGCAUCAUCAUUCCUGCAGACCAGCCAAUUACUAAGCUUAAGAAUUUAGAAGCUGUUGUUGUCCCUACUAUGGAAAUUAAGGUGGAUCCCACAGGAGAAUAUGAAAACUUGGUGACUAUACAGUCAUUUAAAGCAGAAUUUCGUUUAGCAGGAGGUAUAAAUUUACCAAAAAUAAUAGAUUGUGUAGGCUCUGAUGGCAGGGAAAGGAGACAGCUUGUUAAGGGACGUGAUGACCUGAGACAAGAUGCUGUCAUGCAGCAGGUUUUCCAGUUGUGUAAUAUGUUACUGCAAAGAAACACUGAAACUAGGAAGAGGAAGUUGACUAUCUGCACAUACAAGGUGGUUCCUCUGUCUCAGCGAAGUGGUGUUCUUGAAUGGUGCACAGGAACUAUCCCUAUUGGUGAAUUUCUUACUGACAGUGAAGGUGGUGCUCAUAAAAGAUACAGGCCAACAGAUUUCAGUUCCGUUCAAUGCCAAAAGAAAAUGAUCGAAAUACAAAAGAAGUCUUUUGAAGAGAAAUACAAAACCUUCAUGAAUAUCUGCAAGCAUUUUCAACCAGUUUUCCGUUACUUCUGCAUGGAAAAAUUCUUGGAUCCAGCUGUUUGGUUUGAGAAACGAUUGGCUUAUACUCGCAGUGUGGCCACUUCUUCUAUUGUUGGGUACAUACUUGGUCUUGGUGAUAGACAUAUACAGAAUAUCUUGAUAAAUGAGCAGUCAGCAGAACUGGUACAUAUAGAUUUAGGCGUUGCAUUUGAACAGGGUAAAAUACUUCCUACUCCUGAAACAGUUCCCUUUAGACUCACCAGAGAUAUUGUGGAUGGCAUGGGCAUUACUGGCGUUGAAGGUGUUUUCAGAAGAUGCUGUGAGAAAACAAUGGAAGUAAUGAGAAAUUCUCAGGAAACUCUGUUAACCAUAGUGGAGGUCCUGCUGUAUGAUCCACUCUUUGACUGGACCAUGAAUCCUUUGAAAGCUUUGUAUUUACAACAGAGGCCCGAAGACGAAACUGAGUUCCAGUCCACUCCCAAUGCAGAUGACCAAGAAUGCAAACGGAAUCUGAGUGACAUUGACCAAAGUUUGAACAAAGUGGCUGAACGUGUCUUGAUAAGACUUCAGGAGAAACUAAAAGGAGUGGAGGAAGGCACUGUGCUCAGUGUGAGUGGACAAGUGAACUUGCUUAUCCAGCAGGCCAUGGACCCCAAAAAUCUCAGCCGACUUUUCCCAGGUUGGAAAGCUUGGGUGUGACUGACCUUCAGAUUAUGAAUUAUCCUGGAAUUCAACUUGUAGAAGUCAUAUUUCGGGCUUUAUUUUUAAUCUGCCCACAGAAUUUGCAUAAGGAUAAGUAUUUUUAAAUGAACAUUUUUGCAGUGUCUAUUUUAAUCCUCGAUUCAAAGACCAUCCAAAGAUGGUAUACAGCAGAUACUGUUGUUCUGCCUUCAUGCUUUACUGGUAAGCUAAACACUGGUUUCUUCUCAAGUGCGUAUUUGUAUCCUUUACAGUAGAAUCAUUGACGUUUGCAUUAGUUUGAAAGCAAUGGAAAUGAGAGUGACAGUUUCUCCUUUAGUAUAAAUUGGAACAAGUGUAUAUACUGUAACUGUGAGAUCGAUUUUGAAACUUGUUCUCCAGAUAUUAUGUAUGAUAAGUUAAUUGUCAGUAUAAAAAAGGACUUUAUAUUUGUAACUGUACCAUAGUAAAACUACAUUAAAAACAAUUUGAAAAUGGAGUGCUGUCUGUGAAACAGAUUUUUUUUUUUUCUUUUUUGACAGGCAGAGUGGACAGUGAGAGAGAGAGAGAGAGAAAGGUCUUUCUUUGCCGUUGGUUCACCCUCCAAUGGCCGCCACGGCCAGCGUACUGCGCUGAUCUGAUGGCAGGAGCCAGGUACUUAUCCUGGUCUCCCAUGGGGUGCAGGGCCCAAGCACCUGGGCCAUCCUCCACUGCACUCCCUGGCCACAGCAGAGAGCUGGCCUGGAAGAGGGGCAACCGGGACAGAAUCCGGCGCCCCGACCAGGACUAGAACCCGGUGUGCCAGCACCACAAGGUGGAGGAUUAGCCUAGUGAGCCAUGGCGCCAGCCUGAAACAGAUUUUCAAUAGGUAGGAAGAUCACGCAGUGUUACUAAACGCUGGAUUUACAGCUUUCAAAGACACAGUGUCUGUAUUUUUUUAAUGUAUAUUGAACUGAUCAUAAUCUCCUUAAGGCCUUCUAUGGCAUCAGAUUCUUUCUGUGAUGACUUUCUAUAUCUUAAUAUAAUCAUUUUAACAUUCAUUGGAAAUCUUUCAAAAAUUAAUAGAUUGAAGAAGAAAUGAAAAUUAUUUUCCUAAUAUCUAGUGUUUUUUAAACUAAAAUUCCUUUUAUGUCAUAGAUAUUGUAGUUUCAUUAACUCAAAUGUCUGCUGUUUACCCACUCAAAAUUCCUUAAGAAAAUUCCUACUGAACUGGAAUAAGAGCAAUACCUUCCAGAUGAAUUUAAUGUCUGUUUUAAAAAUUUUAUUUGAGAGGUAGAGUUACAGACAGAGGGAGGGAGAGACAGAGAAAAAGGUCUUCCAUGUAUUGGUUCACCCUCCAAAUGGCUGCAAUGGCCAGAGCUGGCUGAUCUGAGCCAGAAGGCUCUUUUGAGUCUUCCAGAUAGCUGCAGGAGCCUAGGCACUUGGGCCAUCUUCCACUGCUUUCCCAGGCCGGAAGCAGAGCUGGAUUGGAAGAGGAGCAGCCAGGAUACAAACUGGUAAUGAAAGACCAAUCUUAUUUUAAUUUCUUGGUUUCAGCAUUUUGGUUUCUAGACCUCAGGAGUGGCAUAGAGUACUGAGACACGACUGUCUUGUGCCAGAGCAGAUGCACUUCACGCAUUAUAUCCCUGUCCUGGUGCACAGGAUAUUUUCUUGAUACCUUUUUCACUAAAGGUAGAACCCUGUGUGUGUGUCUGAGCUUCAUGGUGAGGGAAGAGCAUAUAGUGUCUACACUCUCUGCCUUUGCAAGUUCAGUGUUCUCCAUGUAGAUGUUAAAGCUGAAAGUUGCAGGGCAUUGAGAUUGGUAAAUUGUGCCAGGACAGGAACAGCAUCAUCAUAGGUAUUUUCUUCUCUGGUGUUCAGUUCCCUCAUUUUGAACUCUAAACAUACCCCUAACUUUGUAUUUAAGAGAAUGUUUCUUAUACUUUAUCUAACAUUUCUAUGUUUUUUUGGUAGGGAACAAUUAGGAGUCUAUUCUGAUAUAUAGCUAGAAGUGGAACACUUUCCUAUCUUCCAUACUAUUAUCUUGGCAUAGAGUAUUCCAAAAAAAAUUGUUUAUGAAAAUAAACUUUUAAGUCCAUUUUCCAUGAACUUAGUAUAAAUCUAUCCUUCACCUGUAGGUAACUGUAAUGGAUGAACUUGUUUCUUCUUUGUUUCCUGAAUUUUUUUUUAUUUUUAACUGUCAGUGGCAAACACUUGUAUCUGAUCUCCACAACUUUCUGGACUAUGACUAUCUUGGUUUGGUUUCUAAAGAUCUAUUCUGAAAAUUACUUUGCAUUCAAAUGACAAACUUCACUUAUCUUCUUAAACCGCCUAAAUGAAUAGCUUGUAUUAAUCGGUAGUUUUGUUACUGUAGUGAAUCAAGGGAUGUAAUAAGUUUAGAAUGUAUUUAAUAAACCUUGAAACCUUCAUGGAUGAAAUAAAUUAUCACCCAGGUGAUAAGUUCUUGCUAGUUGCUAGUUAAUGCAUUCAAGGAGCUUUGGAUGGCAUUCGUUUUCUCUUCAGUCUUAAAUAGAAUAGGAAAGGAGUCUUCCAGCACUCUGAUACUCUUUUCAGUGGAUUUGAAAAAUUCACCAGAAUUGCAGAUAUCAUAAAUGGAUUUAAGAUUAUAAAAGAAGUAACUGAGAAAGCAAUAUUACUGGGAACAAGUGAGGAGUAAUUUGUAAACUGAACACCUGACAUAAAUGAAACAUCUCUAUUCCUUACAACAAAAGUCAUUAACUUUAAUGAUGUUACCUAAUUUACACCUGGAGGAAGUGAAGUUUGUAGAAAUAAGGAAAUUUGUGAUCAGAACAGAGUAAAUUGCAAGUAAAAUACAGACAUAAAAAGUAUAUGACUUAAAAAAUUUUCAGGUGAAAAGAAUACAGAUUUCAGAUUUCAUACAAGGCCAGUGAAAAGUCAGAGAAGCUUCCAGAAAAGCUAGUAAGUUACAUAUUGCUUGACUGAUAGCCCUCCUACUUUGCUCUGUGCUUGUCAGAGCUCCUGAAAGUACAUAUAUAUAGGUACAUAAGUACAUACUAUCUUGACCAUGGAUUUAAUACUAUAUGCACUUACACAUGUUUAUGGACUAAAGCAAAGAAGAAAAGUCUUGGACUUUGUAAAGAAUACAAGGGGCUAGUCUUUUCAGAAGCAGAAAGCCAGUAUACUGUUUGAAAAUAUGGAGAUAUGUACUAUUUCAAGUGUUUUGACUAUACCUUAAUGAAAUUGUGUCAAUUUAUCAUCAUUGAAUGUAUGUGAUUACUACACUGUUAAUCUGUUAAGAACUUUUAUGAAUAAAGAUUCUAAAACAAA